CCGGUUUCGUGUACGUGUCAACAUUUCCAAAUUUUGCAUUGAUACAUUGAACAUUCGUAACAUUAUUAGUCUUAAGAAUUAAUAUUAUAGAGUCUAGAUCUAUCCCUAAAUUAUACGGUAUCUAAUACAUCUAGCCUAAUUCAAGAUCUAGAUCUACAAGUAGAUCUAUCUAGACUAGAUCUAGAUCUAGAUUCAGAUUGUAAACAUGCCGAAAGAAAGCCUUCGUGAAAAAUUAAAUGAUAACGAACUUGAUUUGAGUUUAAACAAUCUUGAAACUGUUCCUGUUAAAGAUUUGGCAGCUCUCCCAAAAGCAACACACUUAGACUUAUCUAAUAACUUGUUGACAGUUCUUCCAGAUUCAUUUUGUUCAUUAAUUCACCUGGUUAAAUUAGAUCUCAGCAAAAAUGCAUUGACAGAGCUUCCAAGGCUGUUUGGUCAGCUAGAAAAUUUACAGCAUCUGGACCUAUUAGGAAAUCAACUGAAGACCUUACCAAGAUCUUUUUGCCAGCUGAAAAAAUUAAAAUGGCUUGAUCUGAAAGAUAACCCUCUUGAAGAGGGCCUGAAGAAAAAUGCUGGGAAUUGUUUGAAUGAAAUAGAAUGCAAGAAAUGUGCAACAAGAAUAUUAAUGUACAUGACAGACCUAGAUGAGCAGUUAGAAUUACAAUCGCAAGCAAAGAAGAAGAAACAAGAAGAGGCUGAAGCUAAACAAAAAGAUAGAGAAGAAAGAGAGAAGCAGAAAAAGCGUCAAGAGAAGAAAGCUGAAAAAGAGCGACGGCGUAGAGAACAUGAAGCCAGGCGAGCUCAAGAGUUACUAGCACAGAAUGGAGAUACUUCAGAUGAGGAAAUAACUGCGGCUAGAGAAAAAUUGAAAUAUAAUGCAGGAUUAAAAAGAAGAGAUAAAGGUCAAGGCAGCAGAAAUUGUUUUCUUAUAGUUUUGUUUUCCUUUCUGGCACUGUUUGGCGCCCUGCUCGUAGCAAUAGACUUUCACUGCAUUUCAUCAGCUAAAGAUGAAAUGUGUGCCAGUUACUGGCAGCCAACCAGAGCUGCAGUUAUUUCAAGCUGGGAAUUGUCUAAAAUUUCUGCUCUAAAUUUUUAUGCAAAUUACAUCGAAAAAUUCUUUUCACCCAAGACAUGAUUGUUCAUAGAAAAUUAGGGGAACCUUUUAAAAAUAUUAGUUGAGAAUGUGAUUCCUAUGUGAUUGUUAUAUGAAUUCUAUUAACAAUGUUAUCUAUUACUCUUCAAUCUAGAUAGUGUUACUUGUUAUUUUGUGUGCACAUACAUUGUUUCAAGAAUGAUAUACCUUAUAGCAUUCAACAUUGCACUGCUUUGCUUCAAUAUACUGUGUACAUGACCAUAUAAACUAAGUAACAUUAGGAAGUUGUUAUGUUUAGUCUACAGGAAGUUCAUUGAUUUGUCAGCUUAAAACACUAUUUAUAAUAUAGCCUGUAUAUUCAUAGACGACAGUUCAUGUAUGAGAAUACUAAUAACUGUUUUAGAUCUUACAUUUUUUUAAAUGUAUUACCAGCAUGCUAAUGUAUUAGUAUUGGACUGUAAUCUAUCUUGUUAAGUUCUCUGUCUGAGAUGGCCCUCUAAAGUAUCCUUGGAAGUAACAAUUAUUUUCAAGUCUUUCUUACAUGUGACCCGUCUUUGAAAUCAACCCCUGUUUGUCUAUACUGCUAAAUUACCUGUCCACCUUAGUUUUUACUUUCUUAAUAUGCUCAGAGUAAAUGAUCUCCCCCCCAACAGUUCUCAGGUAAUUUUAUCAGUGUUCAUUUAUUAUGCACUAAAAUGAAUUAUUUGAGUUAUGAUGUCUUGCAUAAAACAGAUAAAGGUCCUUAGAUACCAGGAUUACUAAAUGCUUUCGAUUGCCAAAUAACUUCACUAUAACCCUAAUGUUUAUUGCCUAAAAUGGCAAGUUUUGUUUUUUUUAGGUGUUAGGCUAGAAAAGUAAGCAAAACAUUUUAUCUACAGAAAAAAAACACAACAUUCAUGAAGAUUUUAUCUUGUGGCUAUAUAAGUAAUCAAUAUUUCCUUUAAGUUAGUCAAAAUUUUGCUCCUGUCCAAGGUAUAUAUUUUGAAUUUGAACAACAUAAACAUUGUCCCGUACUCCAAAAAUGUUCCCCAAAAGAGAAUUUCUUACAAAAUAUGACAAUUUUCUUUUAUGAGACUAUUGUGCUAGACAUUUUUUUUUACUGUAAGAAUAAUUUUAUAAUUAUCAAGUAAGCUUAAUUCUAGUAUUAGAAAUCAAAAUGUGUUAUAUUACCACAUUAGCCUUUUCAAGAUGAACUUAUUAUUAUAUAUUCUAGUGUAUGAAAGUAAUUGUACAAAGUAUUUAGUUGGUGUUUGUUGGAUAAGGUUUGGACUUUAUCAUUCUACUGCUCUCAUCAAAAUGAAUUGAAAUCACAAUGCAUACACAAUGCUCAAUAAAAAGAAAUAAAAACUUUA